UUACUCUGACUCUCUCACUCUGUCCCUUCUCUCUCUCGGUCACUACUCUUACUCUAAUUCUCUCAUUCAAUCCAUGGCGGAUGUAAGGAAUACGUACACCACCCGUUUUCGGCGUAACAAAAACCUUAAACUCUAAACCUUCACCCUAACUCACUCUGCCCACUCUCUCUCUCUCCCUCUUUCCCUCUAUAUCCCCCGUCUUUUCUUCCUCCUCCUCCACUUACUCUGCUCUUUCACUUUAUCAACCAAUCGUUUAAACAAAGCAGAAACUGAAAAGACAAAAAACAAAAACAAAACCCUGUCAAGGGAGAUAAUUAUCAGCUCAGUUUGUCUCCACCAGAAAUCACGUUUCAUCAACGGACCAGCUGACAGCAAAACACUCGCUGAAUUCUGAUUUUAGCACCUUAUAUAAUCUUACCAAAAAUUUACAUCAAUUUCCAGGUAGUUCAACGUUUUAAUUAUUGUCUCUUGUCCAGCUACUAGCCAGUUUUUGUAGAAGAGUGCCUUGAAAUCACAGAACUACAGCACAGCACCUGUGACUUCAAGCUGUCCCACGACUCGACUAUUUCUACUCCUCAUAAUAAAGCAUUUGUUUGUGGACAGUGGAUUCUACAUCACUUUCAUUUUCUCUCUGUCUUCCUUGCUCUCAGACAGAAGAUGCCAUCAUCAGAAAUACAUGCUCUUUCGGAGCGCAUUGACAAAGUUCUUUUGGAAUUCUUCGACGUAUUAGAUAAAUAUUACCAAUGCCAGGCCAUACUGGACGAGAAUCUGAAGUCUGGUAACCUACACAUGUCCCGUGCACGUUAUAUCCGUGGAGUGACAUCAAUAAGCUCCUUAAAAAUCACAGAACGCGAAAUGCAAGCAUCCACCCAAGUACAAUGCUCUGGAGAUGGCUUGGAAACGGUUUUUGCACUUAUGUCUGAUGUCAGCAGGCAUCACACACAGACUCACACUACAGAUACCUUGCGAAAACGUAAUGUAGGAAAGAGCAGUAAUGAUGGCCCCAAUGUUAAUGAAGACAACAACGAGAAUGGAAGACAAGAAAAGAUGCCAGGCGACAAGAAAUCCAAUGAUAAGGACUCAAACAAGACUAAAAAACAGAAGUCCACAUGUAAAGAUCCUUUGAACUGGUUUGGCGUUUUGGUACCACAAAGCUUGCGUUAUUCACAGAAAAACUACAAAUCUGCUGUCGAUGCUUGUGUGGAAUUGGCCAACCUCCAAUUGAAGAUGCAGAAACUUCAGAUGCAAUACCAAGAACUGUUGCAAGAGAAGAACGUUUUGGCUCUGGCUGAGGUGAAAGUAUCCUCGUCAUAAGGCACCAUGCCUCAAUGAAAUACAGGACAUUCAAUCAAUGAAAGGGGGACCACUGUUGACAUUUUUCUUUUUUUUAUGUAUAUUAUUUGUUAUAAAUAUAUAUUUUAUGCAACCUG